AUGGCAACUGCUAAAACCCAAAGUGGUUCCCUGACAAUUGUUGGUGCUCCAAGAUAUAAACACAGAGGAGCUGUGGUCGCUGUUAACAGAGAAAGCUUUGAAAACCAAAAGAUUGAGCCGUUGGCAUCACAGUAUCAGACUGGUGAAUAUUUCGGGGCAGAGGUGUGUACCAUGGACAUAAAUAAUGAUGAUAUCACUGAUCUAAUCUUCAUAUCAGCCCCAAUGUACAUGGAGCCUGAUAGAGAGGGAAGAGUUUAUGUUUGCAGACUAACUGGUUUGUUUGUAGAGUGUAAUUUUGAUGAUCCGUUAAUACUAAGAGGACGUGCAGCUGUCAAAGGAAGGUUCGGCUCUUCUCUUGCUGUGCUGCCUGAUCUAAACUCAGAUGGAUUCAGGGAUUUGGCAGUUGGAGCACCUUUGGAAAUAUAAUGGUG